CCCUUGUUUCAGUGGCGACCUAACGCUGUUUCUGCGGAUCAUCAUCCCCUGCGCAUCAAAAACCCUAAACCCUAAUCGCAGUGAAGUCAAUUGGGAAAUAUGAUGAUCUUUUAUGGUUAUUGUUCUAAAUUUCGCAGCACCAAAUUUACAGCAUUCAAAACUACGGCAUAUGUUCUCUGCAAUUUCAGUCGCUCAAGAUCGAUGUCUCAAUCCACCUCCAUUCCCAGAAAGCUCGAAAGGGUUCGUGACCAUGGCUACGAUAAUUACAUGGAUGUGGAGAAGAAAACCCGAAAAGUGCUCAAGUUUCAGGACCUUAUUCUCACCCAAAUUAACCAAACCAUCCCAGUUUCUCGCCUUGAUGUCUCAGCUCGUCGCCUUGGCUUCAAACAGCACGAAGCUGGGGCGUUUGUCCUCAAAUUCCCUCAUGUGUUUGAAAUCUACGAGCACCCUGUUCAACGAAUCCUCUAUUGCAGGUUAACUCGAAAAGCCCAUCUCCAAAUCGAGCAGGAAAAGCAGGCUGUCAUUGCGCAGAUUCCGGAUGCUGUGACUCGGCUGAGGAAGCUUUUGAUGAUGUCCAACAAUGGCCGUCUUCGCCUCGAGCACAUCCGAAUCGCCCGGUCUGAGUUCGGGUUGCCGGAUGAUUUCGAGUAUUCGGUAGUUCUCAAAUACCCUCAAUUCUUUAGACUGUUUGAUGCAAAAGAAACCAGGAAUAAGUACAUUGAAAUUGUAGAAAGAGAUCCAAAUCUUACUGUUUGUGCAAUAGAGAAAGCUAGGGAGAGAGUUUAUAGAGAAAAAGGGAGUGAUGCUGAGGAUAUUAGAUUCUCGUUCAUUGUGAAUUUUCCUCCUGGAUUCAAGAUAGGGAAGUAUUAUAGAAUUGCAGUGUGGAAAUGGCAGCGGCUACCUUAUUGGUCGCCGUACGAGGACGUUUCUGAGUACGAUAUGAGGUCCAUUGAAGCACAGAAGAGGAUGGAGAAGAGGGCAGUGGCAACAAUUCAUGAGAUGUUGUGUUUGACUGUAGAGAAGAAGAUCAGUUUGGAACGGAUUGCACAUUUUCGAUUGGCGAUGGACCUGCCGAAGAAGUUGAAGGAUUUCCUUCUUCAGCAUCAGGGGAUUUUCUACAUUUCAACCAGAGGUAACCAUGGGAAGCUUCACACUAUUUUCCUCAGGGAGGCUUACAGGAGAGGUGAGUUAAUAGAGCCAAAUGAUGUGUAUUUGGCUAGAAGAACACUGGCUGAGUUGGUUUUACUCAGUCCAAGGAAGGCAAAACUUAACAGAGAACUAGUUGGGUACAGGAGAGAAAGAGUGGGCUAUGAUAUGGAAAGCUUUAGGCCAGAUAAAUUAGAUGAUUAUGGUGCUGGGGACAGAGGCAAUGUGAGAGACGUUUUGGACUCGGACGUGGGUUCUGAUUCAGAGUCCGAUUUCUCCGAUGAUAGUAAUCGUAGUGUUGAUGAAACGUUCGAGGAAGAGGAUGUGAACAUAACCAAAUAACGGAAACUCGAUUGUUCUCGAUCAUCUCCUUCGAGCUGCUAGAUUAUCUCUGAUUAAAUGAGACUGUGUUGAAGCCUCAAAACUCAUUUGGUAGCUCCUGGUUGUAAACUAAAACACAAGUGCUCUUCGAACGUAAAUUUUGUUCAUCAGGAGCGUAGCGGCCUUGAUCUUCACUUCGAUAUUCAUUGUUCGAUUGGGGCGGUAGAUCUUCAUGGUUCUGUUUUGGAUAUGUGGUUUGGCAAUGUGAGAUGCCAUGGCUUAAAGAGGAGUGUCAUGAUGAUGCCACAGGCAUGGAAUCCAAAUUUUGAAGGCGAAGAAGAAUUAGGUAAAAUGCAAAUGAAUUCAAGUUUGAUGGGCAGAAUCUGCAGGAAAA